UGGUACAAUAUAGUACAGUUAAUGGAACUAGAAACUUGGAUUUCACCAGUUUUUCCACUGAUGUCCAUUUUCUAUUUUAUAUUCCAGGAUCCAGUCAAGGAUCUCACACUGUGUGUAGCUGUCGCAUCUCCUUGGCUUCCUCAGACUGGGGCUGUUCUUCAGUCUUUCCUUUGUGUCAUGAUCUUGACACGUGAAGAGUCCCGAUCACGUAUUUUGUGGACUGUUCCUCAGUGAGCAAAAUGGACAGGACAUCCGAGAGCUCCCAGUCCAGAUUGCCAGACAACACUGCCUUGAAGCAGCAGCGAUUACCUGCCUACCGGCUGCAGCUCUCAGCCACCAAAGUCCUCUCUGGCUUUUUCGCCACAGGAGCAUUCUGCCUUGGCAUAGGCAUCGUCCUUAUAUUGUCUGCAAAGAGCAUCAAGGAGAUAGAGAUUAAUUACACAAAUAUAUGUGCAAAUUGUGCAGAACUGCGGGAAAAUGCCAUUAAUUUUGACAAAGAAUGCACCUGCUCCAUUCCUUUUUACCUGCCAGACACAAUGCAAGGUAAUGUUUAUAUGUACUACAAACUAUAUGGCUUCCAUCAGAACCUCUAUCGGUACAUUCUAUCCAGAAGUAAUAGCCAACUGAUAGGUAGAGAUGUAAAGGAUGUUGGAAACUGUGAUUCGUUCAGAAAGACCCACAACGGGACCCCCAUCUGUCCUUGUGGAGCUAUUGCCAACAGCAUAUUCAAUGACACCAUUAUUCUUUCAUACAGCCUCAACUCAUCUAUACGUAUCAAAGUCCCAAUGUUAUCCAGUGGAAUUACAUGGUGGACAGAUAAGUUCAUCAAAUUUCAGAAUCCAAGUUCCAAUAACCUUCCUAGUGCAUUUGCAGGAACUGCAAAGCCCCCCCACUGGCCUAAGCCUGUGUAUGAACUGGACGAAGAGGAUUCAGGAAACAGCGGCUUCAUCAACGAGGACUUCAUCGUGUGGAUGCGGACGGCUGCCUUCCCCACCUUCAAAAAGCUGCACCGUCGACUCAACCGGAUACAAUAUUUUACCGAAGGCUUGCCCGCUGGUAACUAUAGUUUCAACAUAACCUACAACUUUCCGGUAACCAGAUUCCAAGGACAAAAAUCUGUCGUUCUUUCCACCCUGACUUGGAGUGGAGGCAGUAGCCUUUUCUUAGGUCUUGCCUACACGGUGACAGGAGCCAUGACAUGGUUGGCCUCCUUUUCAAUGAUGGCCAUUCACCUGAUGCAGAAAGAAAAGAAAAUGUUCUUCUCCAGCUGCCAAGUCAAGCUUUAAAAAGAAAAGCAGAAAACGCAGAAAUGGAUGGUAAAGUAACGGAGCCAAAGAUUUCUGACAAGGCUUGAAGCGACUGGGCCAUUUUUCAUCGAGGGGAACUGCACCGAUGAACCAAGUACAAUCCCAGGUGGAUAAAUGAGGUAUUCAGAGUGAAGAAGAGGAGGUGGGGGAGGAAGAAGGAAAGGCAUAAUUAUGUAUAGUAAAAUGUCCCUGGGGAUUAUAAGUCAUUCUUUAGCU